GUGCCAACAACUUAUCAUCGCAUCAUGUCAAUUCGUUAGAUUAUUCCUUUUAGAAAAAAAAAUAUUUUCUUAUUUCUCUCUUCUUCUUCUUUCUUUUUUCCGGGAAAAGAAACUGAGGGAGAGAGAGAGAUAUAGAGGUUAAUGGCUUGCAUUUUCUCCACCUGAUAUUAAAGGUCCUGCAUAUUUAUUAUAAACCCUAGUUUUUUUUGUUCCUUCAGAGGAAAAGUGAAAGCAUUUAAUCGGCGCUUACUGUGCUUUUCUGAGUUUGGUUUAUUUUCUUUGAUCAUUUUAAUUUGAAAAUCAAUUGUUUCCAUCAAUUGAUCAUUAUUUUCUGAGUCUUGUUUCUGCAAAAAAAAAAAUAUGUCAGACUCCGGCGGUUCCCCGACUUCUUCACCGCCGGCACCACCAGCCGAUUCAGCUCCCCCGCCGGAGACUUCUCCUCCUCCACCGUCUGACUCAUCACCGCCGCCACCCUCUGAUCCAGCACCGUCACCUCCUCCUCCUCCUCCCGAUUCACUGCUUCCUCCGCUACCUUCGCUUCUACCACCGUUAACCGCCACUCCGCCUCCAGCUUCUAACUCUCCACCGGCAGACUCAACCAACUCUCCGCCGCCGCCAACAUCAACAAACACUCCUUCUCCUCCUCCGGCGAAUUCAGACACUCCACCAGCUCCACCAAACGAAUCCAACAACCCUCCUCCAUCUCCAGACGCUCAAUCUCCUCCUCCACCACCAUCGGAGUCUCCUCCUCCGGCUACACCGUCAGAACCAACCAACUCACCUCCGGCUCCACCGUCAGACCCCACAAACUCUCCCCCAAUCCCACCAUCACCACCAUCUUUUUCUCCACCGUCGAGCUCGCUCCUCCCACCACCCAAACCUCACGGUGGACCCUUGGUGCCUCCAUCAGUCCCUACCAAAGAAACGCCUCCAACAAACAACACCGAUGGUAACAGCUCUCCAGGGAAGACCGUCGCCGGCAUGGCUGUCGCCGGUGUCGCCAUCUUGGCCCUUAUAGCCAUUGUCUUCUUAGUGAGAAGAAAGAAGAAGAGAAACAUCGAUGCCUACGCUCACUCACACUACUUACCACACCCUAACUUCUCCGUCAAGUCAGAUGGAUUCUUAUACGGACAAGACCCUAGUAAAAUACACUCUGGACCUAGCGGUUCAAUGUCCAACUCACAGCAGCAGCAGCAAUAUUCCUAUACGGGAAACAGCUACGGUAGCCAAAGAGGUCAUCAAUCCAAUGACUCUGCGAUCCUCGGAACCGGCCAGACUCAUUUCAGUUACGAGGAGCUUGCGGAGAUUACUCAAGGCUUUGCUCGUCACAACAUUCUCGGAGAAGGAGGGUUUGGAUGCGUCUACAAAGGCACGUUGCACGAUGGUAAAGUUGUUGCGGUGAAGCAGCUUAAAGCUGGAAGCGGACAGGGAGACCGUGAGUUCAAGGCAGAGGUUGAGAUCAUCAGCCGUGUUCAUCAUCGGCAUUUGGUUUCUCUGGUUGGUUACUGUAUUUCGGAUCAGCAUAGAUUGCUUAUCUAUGAGUAUGUUUCUAAUCAGACGUUGGAGCAUCAUUUGCACGGUAGGGGAAGGCCUGUGUUAGAGUGGUCUAAGAGAGUAAGGAUCGCUAUAGGAUCAGCCAAAGGGUUGGCGUAUCUGCAUGAAGACUGUCAUCCUAAAAUCAUUCACAGGGACAUUAAGUCAGCAAACAUUCUGCUGGAUGAUGAAUAUGAAGCUCAGGUUGCUGAUUUUGGACUUGCUAGACUCAAUGAUACAACACAAACUCAUGUAUCAACUAGGGUUAUGGGAACCUUUGGGUACCUAGCGCCAGAAUAUGCAUCAAGUGGAAAACUGACUGAUAGAUCCGAUGUUUUCUCCUUUGGUGUUGUUCUCUUAGAGCUUGUAACCGGACGGAAACCAGUUGAUCAGAAUCAGCCUCUAGGAGAAGAGAGUUUGGUCGAAUGGGCACGUCCGCUGCUUCUAAAAGCCAUUGAGACAGGAGAUUGCAGCGAACUGAUUGAUAGAAGACUCGACAAACAUUACGUGGAGCAUGAAGUCUUCAGAAUGAUUGAGACAGCCGCUGCAUGCGUUAGACAUUCUGGUCCAAAACGUCCACGCAUGGUUCAGGUUGUGAGAGCGUUGGACUGUGACGAAGACUCGGGAGACAUUAGCAACGGAACCAAAGUUGGGCAAAGCACAACUUAUAACUCAGGGCAGUACAACCAAGACAUCACGAAGUUCAGGAAAAUGGCGUUUGGUUCUGGCGAUAGUGCAGAUACAGGGAUGUAUAGUGGAGAUCACUCUGUCAUAAGCUCCUCUGAUUUCUCAGGGAAUGAAUCAGAGACUCGGCCUUUCAAUAACAGACGGUUCUAAUCAUACAGCUGGUGAAAGUUAUACAUACCUCUUCCCUCUUUUCUUGAGCUAUGUAAAGCCAUUCUUUUUUUUUGUAUUGUUUUGAGAUGAGUUCUUGGUAGGUGCCUUCAGUUUUUGUUUUGAGCGAGGAAAAAUAGUGAAGAACUCUUUUGAUUCUUUAAUUUUGCCAAGAUUAUUACAGAAUUUACAUAGAAAAUGAUGUAUAUGUAACACUAAGAGACUAAAGAAGUUUGAUAGCUUCAGCUCUAAAAAUAAAUAAGUUCCAUACC